CAGAUUUCUAUUUUAUCUAUUUUCGUUAUUACGUCAAAAAGUGUAGUGGAUGAAUUUGUGGUUUUAUAAUUUUAAUGCGUUGAAUUUAUCAUAAAAACUGAAGAAAAAGAAAUGACUAUAGUAAUGUUAUCAUAAUGACAAUAUCAAUGAAGGAACAAGAGCAUGUGCCUGGGGAGAUGGUAUUCCCCGAGGCAAAACUAAAGGCAUUAGAAGAAAAAAUUUCACAUCCUCGAUGGGUAGUUCCUGUCCUCCCCGAGCAGGAGUUAGAGGCAUUACUUAAUGCUGCUACAGAAUUAGCAGCUAAAGGUGAAGAUGUAAACAAUCUGCUUUGUCAGCGGUUUUAUAAUGACGCUCUAACAUUAUCAUUUACAAAAAUUCUAACUGAUGAUGCAGUUUCAUCAUGGAAGAACAAUAUACAGCAAUGUGUGCGUUCCAACUGUGAGAAACUUGUUAAAUUGUGUGCCAUGAAAUUGGAUGAUCCCAGAUUCUUGAAUCUUCUUUCAAUGGCAUUUAAUCCUAAUAAUAAGUUUCACACUUUCAAUGCAUCUAGGACUUGUGAAGGAUUAACAGUUGCAACCGUGUCUGCCAUGGGGCAAGCAUCAAACCAAGAAUCAGAGGUUUUUGCCAGAUCUCAAGACCAUAGAACACCCAAGGGAUGGCUGGUCCAUCUCAUUAAUAUAUUUGGUCAAGCGGGAGGAUUUAUAAAGUUAAGGGAAAGAUUUGAAGCUAUAAUGGGGUUUAAAAAAUCAGAGUUAACAACAUCUGUAAACUGUGAAGAGAAAGUCACAAAUGAAAUUAUAGAAAAAGAGAGUGAUGAUCCAAAGGUUGAUACCACCGAUAGCAUAAUCAGUAGCACAGACAAUAUGGAGGGUUCAAUUUCAUCCCGGUCUGAUCAACCAUCUUCUCUAGAGAUGUCAACAACAGGAGAAACCCGUGUUGCUGCAGUGUGGCAACUCUUAAGACCUCUAGGACUGUGUCAUGAUCUUCUAACACCUCACACUGUAACAGUUUAUCUUCUACCAGUUUUGGAAUGUAUUCCAACAUUGUUAGAGAGUUUAACCGAUGACGAAUUAAAACGCGAAGCACGCGGUAGUGAGAAUAAGACUGAUACAGUUUCUUGUUUGAUCAGAGCAUGCAAAUGUGUUUCUGUGAAGACUCCACAUCACCAUAGUCUACUCAAAUCUCUAGAAAUGUUUCGAUUGAAAAUGAUUUUGCGAUUGCUCCAAAUGUCCUCGUUCAAUGGAAAAAUGUCAGCAUUAAAUGAAAUAAAUCAACUUAUAAGCACAAUCUCCCAGCAACCAAAACCCGAGUGGCUUACACCAGCUGUUAUUACAACUUGGAUAAGAGAAAAUAACGUGGUGGAUAUUGUUUUACGUGAUUCACUUCAUCAGCCGCAAUACGUAGAGAGAUUAGAAAAGAUGUUAAGGUUUAUGAUAAAAGAGAACUCGUUAACGCGAGAAGACUUGGACGCAAUAUGGAAGGCUCAACACGGGAAACAUGAGGCGAUUGUAAAAAAUGUACACGAUUUAUUAGCAAAACUCGCAUGGGAUUUCACACCAGACCAAUUAGAUCAUCUUUUUGACUGUUUUAAGGCAAGUUGGUCAACAUCUAGCAAAAAACAAAGUGACAAGUUGAUUGAAGUAAUAAGAAGGCUCGCGGAAGAUGACAAGGAUGGUGUAAUGGCGAAUAAAGUAUUAGUUUUAUUCUGGAAUUUGUCACAUUCUGACGAAGUAUGCACAGAGAUAAUGGAUUUAACACUAGCGAAUUUCAUCAAAAUACUCGAUUAUAGUUGUAGUCAAGAUCGCGAUGCGCAGAAAACGCUUUGGUUAGACAAGUGUGUAGAAGAGCUUAAGAGCAACGAGACUUGGGUAUUACCGGCGCUAAAGAUGAUGCGUGAGAUAUGUUGUCUGUACGAGUCGGGCGGCGGGGCGGGAGUGCGGCCGCACGUCACGCGGCAAGAGCUGAUAGACAGGCUGCAGACGCAACACUCUCUCGUUAUAUUGGUUACGGACUCGUUGACGCAUUACAUGGACGCUGUACGGGCGAAAUUAACCGAAGAAAGUGAAAUCGAUUGGGACAAUUGGUUACCUGACGGUAGAUAUCCGCACGCAGCACAAGUACACGAGCGACUCAGUUUUUUACGGUUUUUGUUGAAGGAUGGCCAGUUGUGGCUUUGUGCUGAACAGGCUAAACAAAUCUGGGUAUGUCUAGCAGAAAAACCAGCUCAUAUUGGCGAUCGUGAAGCAUGUUUUCGUUGGUUUAGUAAAUUAAUGGGUGAAGAACCAGAUUUGGAUCCAAAUAUAAAUUUGCAUUUUUUUCGACGUAACAUUAUGACCCUACCUCCAAACCUACUAACUCAUUCAGGAAUUAAAUGUUUCGAAAGAUUUUUUAAAGCCGUUAACUCAAAAGAAGGAAAACUUAAAGUUAAGAGACGUGGCUUUCUUCUUAACGACCCUGAUCUCAUAGGAUUAGAUUAUUUAUGGAGGGUGAUAACGGAGUGCGAGGAUGACAUAUCAGCGCGCGGCAUCGAGCUGCUGCGCGAGACGUGCACGUGCACGGGCGCGGCGCUGCCGCCUGCGCACCAGCACGAGGCGUUCCUCACGCAGUGCUGCGCGCGCACGCAGCGCCUGCAGAAGGACAUGGAGACUAGUGACGAUGUGACCGAGUGUUGUACAAAGAUGUGUAGAGUAAUUCGUGCCAUACAAGAAUAUAUAAACGAAUGUGAUAGGAAGUUCUCAGCGGACCGGCAGAUCUUACCCAUUUACAGAUCGGGCAGGGGACGGCAGUGUACUAUAAUAGUCAGAUUUAAUUUUCAGACAGGCCAAAGACAGAUCGAUGAUAUUGAAUUAUUUUCACACUCUAAUGAAACUCUGCACUCAUUACGCGUGGCUGUUCAACGAAGGUUAAAAUGUGCAUCUGAGAGCAGUAUCAAACUGGAAAUGUACAUAAAUAAGUUAGAAUUGUAUGUCAAUGGUGAACUUUUGGAUUCAAGUCAUGACAGGAAAAUUCUUUCACAAAUCCCACUCAGAGACAAGACCAUUCUCGUUGCCAAGGUGUACGACGGUCAAGUAUGCGGCAGUGGAGGGUGUGGCUCGUCCAAUGAGUCGAGCAGUGACUCGAGCGCCACCUCACCACCACUUCCGCCAACACCGGAACACGCUUUGCCUGGUGUGAUUUUUUCACAAGGUUCUUGGUAUUUACCAUUUAUAUUGGAAUUAGAGCAUAUUGGCAUUACCAAGGGACACAUCCCGCUAACAGAGGCUGCUCAUCUUCUUUCGCAAAUAUGUCCGCCGCAUAAGCUAACAGUAGAGAAGUUAACAGAAGCAUUACUGUGCAGAGAUGAUUCCAAAUUAAAGGAUAUGCUGUAUGGACCCGCGCCACCCGCCGUUGCUUAUAACAUUGAGGUUUUAUACAGUAUGGUGAUGCCGUCAUCAGACACCAGAUUGGAGCGUAAUCGCAGCUUUCAACUAGCUUGUGUCAAAAAAGCUCCGCUUUUGGUACAGUGUUUAUCUGACAACGACUUUCUUAAGGGAGCUGCACCACAUACAAGGAGAGUUGGAUACUUAGCGCUCGUAAGACUAGCAAAACUAGCUUUAUAUACACUUGGGCAUCUUUUUGAAAUUCUCGCUCCUGAUGGAUCUGACACAUCAGUUGAUAAGGACUUUAGAAUGGAUGUCACGAUAUUACGGGAAGCAUUGCAAUCAGUACCAAAUCACAACUGUGAAAUAAUCGUCAAGGCCAUUGCAGAAAAAUUAGCGAACACACUUGGGGAGCAGAUGGUGACAAGUGGGGAAGAUAGUGAAUCAGUAUCCUCUCUGGUGUGGUGGCGCGUGCCAACGGCGGCCACAGUGCGCGCUCUCUACGCGCUCACCUACUCUGUAGCCCAGCCAUCAGAAAUCACUGGAUUGGUGCAUGCCGAUGAUGUCACAUUGGUUCGGGAAUGUAUGGAGGUGGUUACAAUAUGCAUGGCUCUUGGUGGGGGACAUCUUGAAGAUCUAUUACUCGAGUCUUGGUGGCAGGACACUGCUUUAUACUUGAUGAUCGAUUGCCCAAGCGCUCAGGUGCGCGUGUCGUCCGCGGAGCAGCUGCUGUCGAUGUGCGCGUGGGGCGGCGGCGGCGGCGCGCGCUGCGCCCUGGCGGCGCUGGGCGGGGCGGGCGGCGCCGCCACGCUGCCGCGCCUCGCCGCGCACUCGCGCAACGCGCACCAGUUCCUGCAGCUGCUGUGCCGCCUCGUCGCGCUCGCCGGCCCCACCGCCCGGACCCUCGACGACCUCGCCACUGAGGUUGCUUGGUUACGCGCUGUUCGCACAAAUCCUGAAGCCCUUGAAGACACUUUAUUGGAGGGGCAUUUGAAUCUCACCAAAGAGCUAUUUACACACGUACCUGCUCAAGUCAAAUUUCAAUACGGCGCACAUCCUGACCAUAAAGAUGCGGGUUUAAUAAAGGAGGUGGCGACGGAGUUCCUCUGGCCGUACUCGUGGGCGUGGUGCCGCAUGGCGGAGGGCGGCGGCGAGCGCGGCGGCGCGGGCGAGGACGUGCCCACGCCGCUGUGCCGCACGCCCGGCUCCGUGGCCGCCGCCGCCGACCUGCUGCUCGCGCUCGUGCACGGCUGCGUGCCCAACAUGGCCGCGCUCGCCAACCUGCUGCACCUCAUGUUCUAUAGCGAUAAGAACAUGCCACUGUCGGAAUGGGAAUACAUGCCGUGUGUGGGCCCACGACCAGGCGCUGGCCUCGUGGGGCUGAAGAAUGCGGGUGCCACCUGCUACAUGAACUCAGUCCUGCAGCAGCUGUACUGUGUGCGCGCAGUUCGAGACACAUUACUUACCGUACAAGGCGCCGCUACCGAUCCGAAUGAAGAUUUUUCUGGAGAAAUUCAUCAUCAUAACAUUUUAGAAAAUAAUACAGAGAAUAGCGGCGACUACAAUAUCACCAUUUUAAAGCAAGUGCAAGCGAUAUUCGCGCAUUUACAUUACAGUAAACUUCAGUAUUAUGUUCCUCGGGGAUUAUGGGCACACUUCAGGUUGCAAGGUGAACCCGUAAAUUUGCGUGAGCAACAAGAUGCAGUAGAAUUUUUUAUGUCCCUGGUGGAGUCUCUAGACGAAGCUCUAAAAUCCUUAGGUCAAGAACAAUUAAUGGCUAAAACUAUGGGAGGAACAUAUUCCGACCAGAAGAUAUGUAAAGGGUGCCCACACAGGUAUUGUAAGGAAGAGCCAUUCAGCGUAGUAUCUUUAGACAUAAGGAAUAUGUCGCGGUUACAAGAGUCGUUAGAGGCAUAUGUACGCGGCGAAUUAUUAGAAGGCGCAGAUGCCUAUUAUUGUGAUAAGUGUAGCAAAAAGGUGGUAACAGUGAAAAGAUUAUGUUUAAAUAAACUGCCUCCUGUUCUAGUCAUACAACUUAAACGAUUUGAAUACGAUUUUGAAAAAGUUUGUGCAAUAAAAUUUAAUGAUUAUUUUGAAUUUCCCCGCGAGUUGGAUGUCGAACCAUAUACAGCGUGGGGUCUAGCACGUGCGGAAGGCGAAGCAGCUCUAUGGGAAGGAAGUGAGAAUGGCGAGAAGGAUCUGCGGUACACUCAGUACGAGUUGAGCGGAAUCGUCGUACACUCCGGACAGGCUUCCGGGGGACAUUAUUACUCUUAUGUAUUAUUGAGGUAUAAAUUUCAAUAUUUCAUAAAUUGUACAUAAUAUAUUUUAAGAGUUCGAAGAUCCAGAACAUGACUUGCGUUUCACACACAUACCCUGUGAGACGCACACGAGCACAGAUUCGUUGAAGCGUGCCAACAGCGCACAUACGUAUGCGAUUGAUAAACUCGAAAAAAAUAAAUUAAGAAUUGUCAACGU